UGCCCGCAGGUGACCAGCCAGAAGCUGUGCCGCGCCCAGCAGGAGCUGCACUUCCAGGCGCACACCUACCUGUGCCUGCUGCGCAGCGUCCGCCAGCACGAGGCCCUGCACCGCGAGUACCACGGCCGGGGAGAGCGCUCGCCGCAGGAGGUGGCCGGGCUGGUGGGCUUCAGACUGCCGCAGCAGCCGGGAGGGAAGGGCUGAGACACGGUGUGCCCGGCGGGGCUGUGUGCUCGCCUUCAUUCCUCAAUAAAUAAAUAAAUAAACGGCCUAGAGCAGG